CACACCUUCUCUGCACCGGGAUCGGGACUCCGGGCAAAUGUGUUUACCGGAGAGCGAAGAGCCUAUUUAUAGCCUCAGCUGCUGCUCGCCCUGGAUCACGGGGGAGGGGGCAGGGUGGCUCCUCGGAACAAGGGUGGUAGUCACCAGGCUCUGCCCAGCUGCCACUGGCCGGUCCCUGCACCCCUUCCCAUGGCCAGAGAGACCUUCCCCUCUACCUCGUCCACGCUGCGCUCUCUCCGCCUACAGCGGGAGUGGCUGGAGUGGGAGGACCGGCGCCGGGCAGCAGCCCAGCGGUGCCGGGGUCCGAGGUGCCCCCCGAGUUCCAAGGCCCGACUCACAAGGCCCCGCCACUCUUGCCGAGACCCGGCGGUCCACAAUGCCCUGUUCUCUGGCGACCUGCAACAGGUUCAAGCCUUGUUCCAAGAUGAAGACGCCGCCAACAUGAUUGUGGAGACCGUGAGCGACCAGCUGGCCUGGUCGCCGGAACAGGGGUUCUGGGUGCUGACCCCCAAGACCAAGCAGACGGUGCCCCUCACUAUCGCUGCAGCCCGAGGUUAUACCGACUGUGCCCGCCACCUCAUCCAGCAGGGAGCUGAGCUGGAUGCCCGGGUCGGGGGCCGGGCAGCCUUGCACGAGGCGUGUGCCCAGGCCCAGUCUGACUGCGUGCGGCUGCUGCUGACCUUCGGCGCCAAGGCCAAUGUGUUGUCAGAGGAAGGCACAACUCCCUUGCACCUCUGCACAGCCCCUGGGUCCUUGCAGUGCGCCAAGCUGCUGUUGGAGGCGGGAGCUACUGUGAAUGCUGCUGCAAGGGACAGCGAGGUAACACCCCUGCACAUGGCGGCGGCACGUGGCCUGGAGGAGCAUGUGGCUCUCUACUUGGAGCAUGGAGCCGACGUGGGCCUGCGCACCAGCCAGGGUGAGACGGCUCUGAAUGCGGCAUGUGCUGGGGCCGAGGGCCCGGGCAGCAGCUGGAAGCACCAGGCUGCCGUGCGCCGGCUCCUGGAGGCCGGGGCUGAUGCCCGGGUGGCCGGGCACAAGCGCCACACACCGCUGCACAAUGCCUGUGCCAAUGGCUGCGGGGCCCUGGCCGAGCUGCUGCUGGGCCAUGGGGCCUGCGCUGGAGUGCCCAACGCAGCAGGCCACACACCCAUGGACUGUGCGCUGCAGGCUGUCCAGGACGUUCCUAACUGGGAGCCUGAGGUCCUCUUCAUGGCACUUCUAGACUACGGGGCCCAGCCAGCACACCCCGAGAUGCUGAAACACUGUGCCAACUUUCCUCGGGCCCUGGAAGUCUUGCUUAAUGCCUACCCUUGUGUGCCAUCCGGUGACACCUGGGUGGAGGCAGUGCUCCCAGAGCUGUGGCAGGAGCACGAAGCCUUCUACAGCUCCGCCCUGAGCAUGGUGAACCAGCCAAGGCGGCUGCAGCACCUGGCCCGGCUGGCUGUGCGCGCUCAGUUGGGUAACCGCUGCCGACGGGCUGCCGCCUGCCUCCCCCUGCCGCAGCUCCUCAAGGACUACUUGCUGCUUCGUGUGGAGGGCCACAUCCAGUGAGCGCCACGCCAGGCUAUUCCCACAGCUGGUCCUGCUUCCUUCAUCCAGCACAUCCCUCAACCCUAGAGAACCAGUCGCUGGCCCUCUGGCCACACUCUGCAUUCCCUCCUGGGCCAGCUCACCCCUCCGCUGGCUGCUGGAGCCAACUGCUGACCUCUAGCCUGACCUAAGCUUCAGCUCCACUCUGAUGGGAAGGUCUGCAGACUCAGCCUUCCCCCGUCUCUUCUUUGCCUAAGUGGGUGGUGGCCCCUCCACCCACCCGAGGCCCCAGGCCACGGGAUGGUGAUCCUUGUUGCAACCCCAUCCUCUGCCACCUGUAUCUGUUCAGCUUCCUAAAGAGUGACAGGCUCUGCUUCUAGCUGAACUAUUGCCAUUGCAUUGCCAUUGCAUUGCCAUUGUCAUUUGAAAGGAGGACCUCGUAGACUGAUCUUGAAACCCAUGCUCUCUCCCCCUGCCAAGGUUUUAUUUAUUUAAUUUUUUAGAGAGAGGAAAAGGGAGAAAGAGAGGGAGAGAAACAUCGAUCGGUUGGUCAAACUAGGGACCUGGCCCACAACCCAGGAAUGUGCCCUGACCGGGAAUUGAACUGGUGACCUUCCGGUCUGCAGGCUGGCCCUCAAUCCACUGAGCCACACCAGCAUGAAACCCAUGCUCUUGAAACCCUGUUUCCAGGCAUUCUCCCUCCUUAGUAUACUCUUCAUUUUUUAAAAAAAAAUCCUGGCUGGAGCUGAUUUUAUCCUUAAGGCAGAUCACAAGCAGUAUGUGCCCAACCCAGCAGGCCACCUUCCUUGGUGUGAGGCCUAAUUAAGAGCCCGUGUCUGCCUCAAGUAGGCUGAGCCUGGCAGACACAUUCCUUGAACGGGCAUUUCAGUCAGUGGCGUUGGGGGAGGAAUAAAUGCUUGACACCCGGGACCCGUUUACAGCUGUGCUGCCCUGCCACCCCCCGCGGUCCCCCCAGACUCAUGGUGUCUUAAACAGUGGUCACCGCACUUGUGAGCUCUGAGAGUCUGUGACAGGAGGACCAGCCACCAGCUGUCCCCUCUUUCUCUCUCGCUUCCUCCUCUGGGUCCCAGAGUCAGAUGCGCCACUGUUCACCUUUAAGAGGAAGCUUUCCAAGCCAAGGUAGUUUUUAUGAUUGCAAAUAAAUGACUGAUGCACAGUA